AUGUUAACAGCUAAUUGGAUAUGGUAUUCUUCCUUUAUUCUCUUAUUGCUGAGGCACGAAACAGUUCAGGCGGCAUCUCAUAGACUAUCAUCAAACUCCUCACUUAUCAAGAAACCAAAAACAGCCGAAGAACUAGGUGUUCCAAAAUGUACCAGCAAUUAUAACUGUGUGAACAACGGAGCUUGUGUUCGAGACGCGGACGGUAAUGGACGUUGUCUUUGCCCUAGAAGUUGCCCACCCGUGAUUCCAAUUAAUUGCAAAUAUUCGCGUGAUGAUUCCUCUUGCUUGUCCAUGGGAGACGAAUACUCUCGGAAGUAUUCCAUUGCUGAACCAACUUGUCAUAGAUCACGAUGUUUGUGUCCUCCAAUGUUCGAACCUAUCGUUAAUAGUAGAUUUCCUGUUAAAAAUUUGUUACCUACGAAAUGCGAUAAGAGAGAGCUUCAAGUUAUCGGUGUUGCGUAUCCAUCUGAUUCAGUCUACAAAGGAGCUGAUGUCACGCUCUACUGCUGCAUAAAUAUAGAUCCUAUUAAUCACAUCGACGCGAAUGGAGUCACUUUUGUACAGAAUGAAACUGUCACACGUGAACCAACCAAACAUCCUUUCCGUGAACUGCUGUCAGAGUACGAACAGCUCACAACACCAUCAUGUUGGGAAUUAGAAAUCAAGAACGUCCAAUUGUCAGACAGUGGAUCAUACAUGUGCAUCGUUACUCCAUCAACAAAUUAUACACCAGUGAAUUAUACGAUUGAGUUUCAAGUCAAAGCUCCACGAAUGAUCCAGAACUUGGCGAUUCAUGCUAAUGAAACAGCUGCAAAUAUCACUUGGGAUAUUCAAGAAGGACCACAACUCAAAAUAGACUUGAAACUGUUGAGAAGAACGGGUUAUGAAGGAAAAGAGGUCUGGACACAGGAAAAUGCCAUCUCUCCUGUAACAAUUGGAAGCCUCAGAUCAGCUACACCUUAUACUUUGUUUGUUAGUGUAAGAGAUGGACAACUCGAACCGUUCCAACUCUCGGAACAUUUCACUACUCUAGAAACAAAACCAUUACCUCCCAAGUACGUUGGUGUACGGGUUGGAUACAACUCGGGUCCUUCUAACAGCGGUUCCUUUUUGAACUGUGAAGUUGAAUGGAGAGCGCCAGCUUUGACAAAUGGUCGUAUAGUGAAAUAUUAUGUGCGUGUUCGGGGUCAACUUCGAAAGUCACGUCCAGGCGGUCCACUAGUCCCGGAUGAUUUCCCCCCAUCUGUUGAAAAAAAGUGUGCAAAUUGGGAUGAAACUGAACAGGCUGUUAAUGGAAUCAAUCCUAUCGAGUUCUCAAGCGAUCUGUAUUUCUGUAAAUAUGGACCUCUGAAACCUAAUAGAAACUACACUGUAACGGUAUGGGCUGAGAAUGCUGCUGGAAAGUCAUCUCCAGUUACGUUCCCAAAAACUUGCGUUACUCAUUAUGCUGAACCUGACCAGGUUGAAAAGCCCACAACUUCUGCUGGAACUAAUCAUUCUUCAUUUUCACUAACGUUCAAUCAGAAGCCUGAAGAUAUAAACGGUCCUAUAAGUUGUUAUUACAUUGCUGUUGUUCCUCUACCGAAGAAUGUUUCGUUAGAUGGUCUUCCUCAACCCGCUAACAUUGCAAUGGAUACUCAUACAAAGGCUUUCUCAAAUAAUCUACAGCCGUACACGGAACGAAAAGUAUAUUUCGCAUAUAUUGCUGAGAGUUAUGCACACCUGCCCGAUCGCACGGUUAUUGGUGAUGAUCUUUACAUACCGGGUAUCAAACAAUGCAAUAUGUUAUAUCUUAGCCGUUAUUCCGUUUCCGAUAAGCCAAUCAAACAGGGGAUAAAGUAUACAGGAUUCUUGAUUGUCAGAGUUGAUAAGGAGAAAGAUGACGUUGAAGUUGGUCCUUCACUUCUAAAGAAAAAGAACAGUAUACGAUAUUUGAGGAGUGUAUCUGAUAGUAACUCUCCUCACGUUUUUUCAUCUGGUCGAGCUAUAAGACAAUUGCAUAUGAGUGGGCCUGUUUAUGGAUAUAGUGCUUAUUUUAAACCAGUUUUCCUACAGGAGGAUGACGGAAGUUCUCUUGGGACAGUGUUUAAAGUUGUAGGACCUGUUUUAUUAUUUGCUGUAAUGGCAAGUGUUGUGGGUUUGGUCAUCAUGCAAAGGAGAGGGAUGUUGAGUAACUGGUGGCCUUUGAAAAUUGCAAAAGAAACUCCUGAAAGAACGCUUCUCAAACCAACUUACCAGGCUGUGUUAAUCGAAGAUCUUCCGUCAGAAUAUCUAUUAAGACAUCGAGAUUCUGAUUUCAUGUUCAGCCAAGAGUUUGAGUCUUUACCAUCCUAUGCGUUCGAAGCCUUUUCAAGUAAUAGGAAAGAGAAUGCGGCCAAAAAUAGAUAUAACGACAUCAGGGCUUUCGAUAGUACGCGAGUCAAACUGAAGAAAAUAAAUGGUAGUGAGUACUCUGAUUAUAUCAAUGCUAACUAUGUGAACGGAUGGGAUAUGAGAAAGAAGUUCAUUGCAGCUCAAGCUCCAUUAGAAAACACACUAGAUGACUUCUGGCGUAUGAUUUGGGAGCAGGAUUGUCGCGUGGUUGUUAUGGUCGCUAACUUACUAGAGAAAAAUAGGAAUCAAUGUGCAAAGUAUUGGCCUGAUGAUAUCUCUAUUAGAUAUGGUGAUUAUAAAGUUGUUCCUGUAUCUUCAAACUACAAUGCUUGCUACACUGUUCGUACUUUUGAUUUGAUAGAUAUGAAAAGCUCAGGUGCUUCUGGAUCUAAGAGAUCCAACUUUAGCUCAGUUGAAUCGAACAUAGGUUCUGAGUAUGCGAAUGUGCCAUCUGCAAGGCUCAGUGGACGAGUUGAUACUCCAUCGAACGACGGAGAUGAUGUUCGUCGCAUUGUUCAAUACCAUUUCACUACAUGGAAUGAUUACCGUGCCCCAGAAUGCUCAACUGGAUUACUGAGAUUUGUUAACAAACUCCGAAGUCUUCCAGAAUUCAAUGAAUAUCCUGUUGUUAUCCAUUGCAGUGCCGGUGUUGGUAGAACUGGUACUUUUGUAGCCAUAGAUAGUAUGCUAGAUCAACUAGAAACGGAAGGGAAAGCGAACAUAUUCAGCUUCGUUUCCGAUUUAAGAAAGCAGAGAAACUUGAUGGUUCAAUCUUUGGAACAAUAUGUGUUCAUCUAUAAAUCACUAGCUGAGUGGUAUCUGUAUGGUAAUACUGAUGUGGAAGCGGAGGAAUUAGAAGCGUGUUAUAAUAGGCUAAUAGAUCCGAGUGAUAGAUCAUUCCGAAAUAUGACUACAUCAGGCUUUGCCUCGCGACCAGAUUCCAGUGCGCCCAAGAACGGAUUAGAAUCGCAGUUCAAGAAAUUGAAUCAAACUCUCGAACCCACACCGAAGAUAUCGUUUGCUCUCAAAGAAGAAAAUAUCAUGAAAAACAGAUUCGAGGCAGCAGUUCCCUACGACAAGAACAGGGUAGUGCUAGCACCGCUAAUGGGAUCAGUCGAUGAUUCCUCUUACAUUAACGCUAGUGAAUUGAAGGGUUACUUCUACCCGUAUAUUCUGGCUCAAGAUCCUGUGAGUGAGAACACUGUUUUUGAUUUCUGGAGAAUGAUCAGUGAAAAGAACGUUACAACCAUUGUCAUGUUAUCUAGAGAAGAUGAUUUGAGUUAUUCUGAAAGAUAUUGGCCGGAAGAUAGUUGCAAAGAGUUCAUUGCAUCGAAAAAUCAACAUCGAUUCAUAGUCCAAUUGCUGAGUGAAGAAACGUUCUCAUACUAUCAUGUCAGAAAGCUUCUAUAUCAAUCAUCGCAAACGGGCAAAGAAUGGGUAGCGGUGACUCAGUACUGUUUGUUGGAUUGGUCAACUGAUCAAACUGUUCCAUCAUCUGCCAGUUCUAUUUUAUCAUUGAUAGGACGUGUUCUAGAAACUCAGAGUCAGCUUCCGGACUCAGGUCCUAUUGUUGUUCAUUGCCGAAACGGAUCUUCCCAAGGGGGCAUUUUCUGUUCGAUUUCUCUCUUGUUAGAAAGGUUGAAGACCGAACAGAAAGUGGACGUUUUUCAAACGGUGAAAAUGCUCCAAUCACAGAGAACAAUGAUGUUCACGAAAUUGGAGGAAUAUGAUUUUUGUUAUCGGGCGAUUAUAGAGUAUGUGCGACAUAUGACAAAGUGCCACAGACUCUAA